AUGGCUCCGCGGGACACCUUCUUCCGCUCGGCGGAUAUGAGCUUGACCCAGCUCUACAUUGCCAACGAGAUUGGAAGAGAGGUUGUCAGUGCUCUGGGUGAAGUUGGUCAGGUUCAAUUCCGAGAUCUGAACCCGGACACGAACGCUUUCCAAAGAACCUUUACGAAAGAAAUCCGUCGCUUGGAUAAUGUGGAGAGACAACUUCGCUAUUUUCACCAACAAAUGGAGAAAGCCGGCAUCCCUAUGAGAUCUUCCUCGGACUUCACCGAUACAUUGGCUGCCCCCUUGGCGUCGGAGAUCGAUGAGCUGGCCGAUCGCAGCCAGAGUCUUGAACAGCGAAUUAUGUCGCUCAACGAUAGCUAUGAGACUCUGAAGAAACGCGAAGUCGAGCUGAGCGAAUGGCGGUGGGUGCUGAGAGAGGCCGGUGGAUUCUUUGACCGGGCCCACACACAAACAGAAGACAUCCGACAGUCUCUCGACAACGAUGAAGCUCCCUUGCUCCGUGAUGUUGAGCAUCAUGCCCCUCAUCAGAACGGAGAUACCCAGGGCCAGCAGAGCUUUUCGGAAAUGAAUAUCGGUUUCGUUGCUGGUGUCAUUCCUCGGGAUCGCAUUGGAGCAUUCGAGCGUAUCCUUUGGCGCACUCUGCGCGGAAAUCUUUAUAUGAACCAGUCUGAGAUCCCAGAGCCCAUUAUCGACCCGACGACCAACGAGGAGAUCCACAAGAAUGUUUUCGUUAUCUUUGCUCACGGCAAGAAUAUCCUUGCCAAGAUUCGAAAGAUUUCGGAGUCGCUUAACGCAUCCUUGUACGGUGUCGACGAGAACAGCGAAUUGAGAAGGGACCAGAUCCACGAGGUGAACACUCGUCUCGGCGACGUCGGAAAUGUGCUUCGUAACACCAAGAACACACUCGAUGCGGAACUUUCGCAGAUCGCGCGUUCACUUGCCGCCUGGAUGAUCAUUGUGAAGAAGGAAAAGGCUGUCUAUGACACCCUGAACAAAUGCUCAUAUGAUCAGGCGCGCAAGACGUUGAUCGCCGAGGCAUGGUGUCCGACGAACUCUCUCGCCCUGAUUAAGUCCACUCUUCAGGAUGUGAAUGACCGCGCGGGCCUCACUGUGCCUACAAUUGUCAAUCAAAUCCGAACCAACAAGACCCCUCCAACCUUUAUGCGGACCAACAAGUUCACCGAAGGAUUCCAAACAAUUGUGAACGCUUACGGUAUUCCCAAGUACUCGGAAGUCAACCCUGGGCUGUACACGGUCGUCACAUUCCCUUUUCUGUUCGCUGUCAUGUUCGGUGAUUGCGGACACGGUGCACUGAUGACUCUGGCUGCCAGCGCCAUGAUCUUCUGGGAAAAGAAACUGGCGCGCACCAAGUUGGACGAGCUGACUUAUAUGGCUUUCUACGGACGAUACAUCAUGUUGAUGAUGGGCCUGUUCUCGAUCUAUACUGGAUUCAUCUACAACGAUAUUUUCUCCAAAUCUUUCACUAUCUUCCCCAGUCAGUGGCAAUGGCCGGCAGACAUCAAGGCCGGCAAAAUGGUCGAGGCGACUCUGAAAGAAGGUUAUCGCUAUCCGUUCGGUCUUGACUGGAACUGGCACGAGGCAGACAACUCCUUGCUCUUCUCGAACAGCAUGAAGAUGAAGAUGAGUGUUCUCCUUGGUUGGUGCCACAUGACCUACGCCCUUUGCUUGCAGUACAUCAAUGGACGGCACUUCAAGUCGAAGGUGGAUAUCUGGGGCAACUUUGUUCCUGGGAUGCUUUUCUUCCAGUCUAUCUUUGGGUAUCUUGUCCUUACCAUCCUCUACAAGUGGUCUGUCAACUGGCAGGAGAAAGGAGCGAACCCUCCCGGUCUCCUCAACAUGCUCAUCUUCAUGUUCCUGAGCCCUGGUACUGUUGAAGAACAACUGUACCCUGGCCAGAGCUUGGUCCAGGUUCUGUUGUUGCUCCUUGCCGUAGCUCAAGUACCCGUUAUGCUCUUCCUCAAGCCGUUCUGGCUCCGUUAUGAACACAACCGUGCACGUGCCCUCGGUUACCGCGGCCUCGGCGAAAACUCCCGUGUGAGCGCCCUCGACGCCGACGAUGACCAGGGUCGCGACAGUAUGGCUAGUGAUGGAGAAGGUGUGGCUAUGCUUUCCCAAGACAUUGACGAAAGUGAAGAGCACGAAGAAUUCGAUUUCGGCGACAUCAUGAUCCACCAAGUCAUCCACACGAUUGAAUUCUGUCUGAAUUGUAUUUCUCACACGGCCUCUUACCUUCGUCUGUGGGCUCUUUCGCUCGCUCACCAGCAGCUCUCGAUCGUUCUCUGGACCAUGACCAUUGGCAGUGCCUUUGAUCAGGAAUCUCCCGUGGCUCGUGUUAUCAUGAUCGUUGUCAGCUUCUACCUCUGGUUUGUGUUGACGGUCUGUAUUCUGUGCGUGAUGGAAGGUACUAGUGCCAUGUUGCAUUCCCUUCGUCUACACUGGGUUGAGGCCAUGAGCAAGCACUUUGUCGGCGAGGGUAUUCCUUUCCUGCCAUUCAGCUUCAAGACCUUGUUGGAGGAGGAUCCUGUGGACUAG